AUGAACCUCUUCGGGAGGAAAAAGUCGCCCGCGGCCCCCGGCGGCCCGUCGGACCCGGCCCAGACCAUCCUGAAGCUGCGGUCGACGGUGGAGACCCUCGAGAAGCGCCAGGUCCACCUCGACAAGAAGAUCGAGCAGCAGACGAAGGAGGCCAAGGAAAAGAUGGGCAAGAAGGACAAGCGCGGCGCGCUCUACUGCCUCAAGCGGAAGAAGAUGUACGAGGCGGAGAUCGAGAAGAUCAACGGCGCGCGGCUCACGCUCGAGCAGCAGAUGAUCGCCAUCGAGGCGACGGUGACCAACGCGGAGACGGUCAACGCCAUGAAGAGCGGCGCCAAGGCCAUGCAGGCCGCGCGCCAGAACGUCGACGCGGACACCGUGGGCGACCUCAUGGACGACAUCAAGGAGGAGAUGGAGGUCGCGGACGAGAUCAGCGCGGCCAUCUCCGCGCCGGCGAACGACGUGCUCAACGACGACGACCUGCUCAACGAGCUCAACGAGAUGGAGGAGCUCGAGCUCGAGAGCCAACUUUUGGACGCGCCUCCGAUCCCCGCGAUGCCGCUGCCGGCCGCGCCGACCGCCGCGUUCGACCUCCCCGCGGCGCCCACGGCGCUGCCGCCGGCGCCGGCGGCGGAGGACGCGGACAUGAAGGCCCUCCGCGAGCUCGAGGCGGCCAUGGCCAUGUAG